AUGGCCAGGUAUGCGGUGACAACAGCUGAUCAGGUAACAGAAGCAAGAUCUCUCCCAAAAGGAUUUGAAUACAAGAAACAUCAAAGUGAUCAUACCUAUGAGAUAAUGACUUCUGAUUUCCGUGUCUUGGAUCCUAACUGGACAGCUCAAGAGGAAAUGGCACUCCUAGAAGCUGUGAUGGACUGCGGAUUUGGAAACUGGCAGGAUUUAGCCAACCAGAUAUGUACAAAAUCCAAGGAGGAGUGUGAGAAAAAUUAUAUGAAGCACUUUAUCAACAAUCCCUUGUUUGCAUCCACCUUACUGAACCUGAAGCAGGCGGAGGCGGCGCAGCACAAAGAAACAGCCAUUCCUUUCCACCCUGCUGAUGAUGCCCCACGGCCUACUUUUGAUUCCUUGCUCUCCAGGGAUCUGGCUGGGUACAUGCCU